CGAGUAGCUAAAUUGAACAUUGUGGAGGGCCAUAUGAUAUUAUGAGGGGUAAAAUUUUGUUCAAUUAAAGAUGAAGGGACUAUUCUGGUAAUUUUACUGACCAUCAUUCUAAAUCGGAAGGGGGGUUUUGUGAUUAGCUCAUUCGCCGCUACAAGGGUUUAUAAUUAUAGCCAUGGUCAUCGUCGCCGGCGUUGCUGCCGCCCGGUCUAUUUGCCGAUCAACUCCCCUCCGUCAAGCUGCUGCCAGUCUUGCCUCCAAGUCAAAAUCAUCUGCUUCUCCGUUCCGUUUGCCUUCUUCGACGCGCUCUUCUCAUCGAAUUUUCAGGCGUCCAGUAGAAUUGAGUGCAAUGUUGGCGUCAAUGCAGCCAUACCAUACUGCAACGGCAUCAAGCUUAAUGAUUUCCAAUCUCACCGUCUCGCGCUGCGGUUACGGUUGGCUCUUCGAAGACAUGUGAGUGGCCUUGCUUCCUCAGAGCAUAGAGAAUUGUUUUUUGCAGAUUAGACAGGGCUUUGAGCUUUAAUUUGGACAGAAUAUUGAAAAAAAAAAUGUUGUUUAUUGUAUGUUUCCAAUGGAAAUGAGAAGGAUUAUACGUUAUGAGCGAGAUGAAAUAGAUCAUAUUUGAAUUUGCACAUUACUGUAUUCGAAUUUCCUUGAGCACCUUUGGGAAUCUCUCUCAUAAUUUACUUUCUAGAAAUAACACUGUUGACCCAAUGCGGUUGUUAGUUUUGUGUACUUGGUUCUUCGGUGUAUCCUUUGUAUACCUUUUUGCUUUGUGAAUUCGUUGUAAGAGCUGAGUUAUGCUGAUUCCAAUAGAAUACUGGAGAAAGGAAUGCAUCUAAUAAAAUGUUCACAUCUUCG